AUGCUGCCUCAUCGUGGCAAUUGCAAAACGAUUGCGGACCUGCCUUGCCAGUUUCCAGGCUGCGGCAGGGUGUUCAAGACGGCCUCGGGUAUCACUCGCCACGUUCGUGCUUAUCACGACAAUCCAACCAACGCCGGCCCCUCCGGCCAGCUAGCCACCGAUGGUCCAGCACACUGGCAAGGCGUUGAGCGUGAUAGUCCAAUGCCGGACUGGGAGCCCCUUGCCCACGCUUCGAGCCCCUUGCAAUUGGAAGACCUGCGGCCCGAUAUAGCGCCUGAAGCUAGCGCGCCAGCGGCGAACUCUACAGGCUGGCGCCGCAUCCACCACCCGUUCCUCACUGCUCGUCCAUGUGAUGAAGAGGGAGUGGACCUCCCUGAAGGAGCAAAACCACAAGUGUGA